GUGGGAUACGAGCGCCAUUUGGCGCCACGCUCCGACCCUAGAAUAUCCAAAACCAAAGACCAAAGUCAUUUGCUAUUGCUAGCGUGAGUUGUGCAACGACACCUCUCUCCUCUCUCACGCGGGCAGUUCACACACUCCUCUCUCUGACUACCCAAGCCAGAGAAAGAGCAGAGAGGGGAAGAAGGAAGACUUGCAUGGCUCAGCUCCCGGACCUCGCGGCGGCGCGGCUGCCCGCGGCCUGUGCCGCUCGGAGGAGGUUCGUGGUGGCGGCGGCGGCAGGGGGGCGCGUGAAGCAGGGGGAUGCGGGGAAGACGCGGGUGAUCAGGGUCGCGGACCCCGUACGGGAGGGGAGGCUGCCGCUGCCUCUGCCUCUGCCUCUGCCGCUCCCGCUGCUGUUCGCCGCGCCGGUGACGCCGUCAGAGUCGCCGGCGGCGGUCACGAGGCGGGACGAGGACGAGGAGGAGAGGCGGAGGUACUACCUCAACAUGGGCUACGCGAUCCGGACGCUCAGGGAGGAGCUCCCCGAUGUUUUGUACAAAGAGCCCAGCUUCAGCAUCUUCAGAGAUGACGUUGUCUUCAAAGAUCCUUUGAAUACAUUCGAGGGCAUUGAAAAUUACAAAAGGAUAUUCUGGGCACUACGUUUUACUGGGCGGAUCUUCCUCAAAGCAUUGUGGGUUGAUAUAGUUAGUAUAUGGCAGCCUGCCGAUAAUCUCAUCAUGAUUCGCUGGACUGCCCAUGGCAUUCCUCGAGUCCCAUGGGAGGGCCAUGGUCGCUUUGAUGGCACUUCUGAGUAUAAACUUGACAAGAAUGGGAAGAUCUUUGAGCAUAAGGUGCACAACGUCGCUAUGAAUCCACCAACAAAAUUUAAGGUCCUAUCUGUCCAUGAGCUAAUUAGAUCACUUGGUUGUUCUUCCACUCCGAAACCUACUUAUUUUGAGGCUUCAUGUCAAUCUUUGAGUGCAGCGCCACUUAAUUUGAGACUGGCAUGGAUAAGAUGCUACAUUUCAUUGUGCCGUAUGCUUUCACUAGCAAAUCUGGGAGAAGGAUAGCAUGGGUUUAGCUUGAUACCUCCAUUUUUGGUCUUUUCAUUAUAUGGUAGCACACAAAAUUACUGAGUACUACUGAGUCAUAGCAGAUGUAUAUGUACAGUAUAAUUUGUAGAAUAAAAAUACCUCUUGGUUAAGGUGUAUAAGCUGAAAUGCUGCACUUGUCAUUGGCUGUUAAAUUUACCAGUCUGCUAGCUAGUUGAUUGGACAUAUUUGUGUCCACCCUGCAUCUUGUUUAUGCGAUGUUAUAAAUGCGAAAAACUGAAUGUUUAAGUGA